CUGAAGUGAAGAAUACAGUAGUGUCACCGACUGAUGCUACUGCUGGUAAAUGAAGCUGUGUGCACAACUUAACUGCAGUUGAUAGACACACAAUGCAUGUGAGACAUGACCACCAAGGACCCCUGGGAUAACUCAAGCGGUAUGCGCAGCAUGGAGCCAACAGCCGGCUGCUCCCCCAUUGUCCCAGAGCCAGAACUCUACCGCAGCAUCCAGGCUGUGCUGCCCAGGGAUACGGACAACCAGCAGCCCUCAGACUGUCUCAACAAAGGCAUGCUGAGAUGGACGCUUCAUAAGAAGGUUCAAAAAAAUCCUGCGAACAGUUUAUCUCUAGUGUGGGUGCUGAUAAAAGAACUGGAAAAGGCUGAGAGAUGGGAUUCUCGCAAAUGCAUCAUCCCUCUUCUCCACACACUGAUGUACGCCAUCAUUCAGACAGCCUACAUUCCAGAUGAGCUGUACAAGCGGGUGUAUGACUUUUGUAAGAGACUCCUGACAUACCCUCAUCCCUACUGCACCGUAGGCCUCAGCUACACGAAGCGGAUAAAAACUGAACGCUCUAUUCCAGGUCUGAUGUACCAGAGGAUGGUCACAGCAGAGCAGAGAUUAAAAAAUGAGCACUAUCCCUUUCAGGAUAGGGUCUUUGUUCUGGCUGACCCAGAAGUCUUCUCUGGUUCUUUGGGACAAGUCCUGUUGGGGGAUUUUGACACGUGCGGAUCUCUAAGUCCUCUGGAUCACAUGUGCAGUGUGGUCCAACACUCCAUACAGGCUGCGUUAGGAGCAGAGCAGUGCCACGGGCCGAAACUUGAUCGAGCCCUAAAGGACAUGGGUCAAGAUGCGGAGUCGCACUUUCAGGAAGUGUUGGCGGCUCUGGAGCAGAGCGCGGAGGAGGGCGGCAGAGGGGAUGAGGGAGCGCUGAAGAGCCGUCUUCAGCAGCUGUACAACAAGAUCGUCCCCGACACAGACUCAGAGACAUUGUCUAGCGGACAACUGUGUGACUGCCCUCUUCCGAACCCAGAGAUGAGCUUCCACCUGUGGACGGAGGAACUGGAUAUCUGGCGAGUGCUGGCCAAGUGGUUUCGAUCCAGCUCCAUGUCGGAGCAGUUCUCCAUCAGCCAGGAGCAGGAGGACUUUGUGCUCGGUGAGUCUCCCAACGACCUGAUUCCGUCCGACAUGACUCGCUUCUCCGUCUUGUCCAACGACAGCGGCAUCGAAAGAGACCUGCCCCCCAGUGCUGAUCCCUCGUCAUCGUCAACUCUGGACGCUGCCAGCAUGAGUUCAUCCUGGGAACAAUGCAAAAGCAAUCAAGACUCUGCGAGGCUGUUGCGGCGCGGGGGCAUCAAGAUGAAACCAUCUGUGAAGGACAGCAUGGUGCUGAUGCAGGAAACCCUGGAGGAACACGCGAGCCUCGGAGGAGGAGGAGGAGGAGGAGGAAGUGGAGGUAGGGGAGGAAGAAAAGGAGCGACUCUGCAGAGGCGGGCAGGAAGCAGCGCAAUGCAGAACCCCUUCCCCAGGCAGCAGAGACACUUUACUGCCAGGAUAGUUGCCAUGGGAGACGACAGGGUGCUGGGCCGCCUAGCCAAGGCCUACUACUUCUUCAGGAAAAGGGAAGCGCGGAGGCUUUUUCUUACAAUGAAAGUCAACCUCCAGUUUUAUUACAUCCCUGUUUGCCGGGCCACAACUCCCAUCUCCUCUAUCAAGGGAAACGUCCUUCAACCCAAAGAGAUUCCCUGCACUCUUGGUUCCUACUUGAGCAUGGUGGACCCGUGGUACAACUCUAACAUCAAGAGUUUAGGCUGCAUGAUCCCCAAACUGGCUAAGAUGACGAACCCAGGGAAGCCAAAAGAGCCCUUUGUGUCUGAUAUCAUUUCCUACUACGUUCGUACCGGCCAGCAGCCUGUCUACUUCACCAUCUACUUUGUUAAGAUCACAUUCACCAACAUGACAAAGAGUCCUGUGGAAGAAGUGUUUCUUACUCAUCUAGAAAUGGAGUUUCCUGAGUUCAGACAGAUCUCAGCGUCAAUUAGAGAUAAACAGAAGAAGAGCUCGGGGGAGGUAUGCGGGGCUGUUGUCUCGUUGAAUUACAGAAAGGUAACAUUAAGUGGCCGAGACGUUGACAAAGGGAUAUCAGUCAGGACGUCAGGCGCUCAGAUCAAUGCUAUUCCAGCUAAUGAAACAGAAGAUCUGAACUGUUUGACACUGACAUUGAAUGAAUCUCCAGCAAAAACUAAAAACAACAUGGUGGAGUCAAAGAUUCGGUCCAACAACAUUAAGAUUCGCAGUUUGGAGAGUCGAUCGUUCACGGUUACACUGGACAGAGAUAGUCGCAGGACCUUCAGAGAUGUGCAGAGCGUCGAGAUCUCCCCGUGUCUUGAUCCCGGAUACUGCGUCCAGAAAACCAUGAGGUCCAAAUUCAAGUUGGGAGAGGAUAAAGACGCUGGACUGAGCAAAUACAUGAGCAAAGGACUCCCUCUCCCAAUCAACACGUUUGCUGGCAUCAUCACCUGACAGCGGUGGAGUAACUCCGCAGAGAAACUUGGGAAUUAAGACCAAAAACCAGGCUGUGUUUUGAUAGUCAUUGGUUGUUCCUUCUGUGAUAACAGAAGUCCAGUCCGACACAUGAAAAGACAAAAGGAAUCACCUGUGAGUCAUACUGAGCUGCUCCUGAAACCAAAGUGUUUCAGUUCUGUCAGUCGGGGACUGACAGGCAUAUAUAGAAAAAGACUAUAAAUCAAAAGCAACACAUACAGCUGAUGGAAUAACCAGGAACAAAAAUUAUUUUACACAGCAGGGCAUGACAAACUCCUAACAGUGUUUCUACCACUGCAGAUAGUUUUAGACAGUCAGUAAAUAUAUGCAGAUUGGAUUGCCAAAGAACAAUACUGCCUGUGACACUAGAGAAACCGGCAGGGAAAAGUAAGUAAGCGUAAGUAAGAGUAAUAGUUACUCUACUUCAUAGACACACUACCUUUUACUGCCUUCUUGACACACACACACACACACACACAAAAUAAUGCAGAUUUGCAGACAUGCCUGGCCUGUCAGCGACUGAAGAAAAUCAAAUUAUUGAAAGUCUGGUACAGUGACAGCUGCAUUUGUCUUCAUUUCAAUAACUUGUUAUUCCUGUACCUGCUCCAUGAGCUGUUAUAAAGAUGCAAACAAUUGGCAUUAGUCUUGGGGUUUAAUGUUUGAAAUCGUUCUUGAAAGUUUCUAGAACCACAUUAAGUUCAGCGCAAAAAGCUCGAGCCAUGUGUCGGGAACUGCUGGAGAACAGAAGCAGCUUUUGUGUUUUACUGUAUCAUACACGCACGGGGAUCAUGCGCAGAGCGAGCUACACAAAGUAGCCGUUAGACGUCUGAGUGCCGACUUCGAGCCUCUCUCUACUCCCCAGAUGAGCAAGAUUCUGUGUUUCAUGCUUGAUAGUAUACAAGAUGAGAAGCAAAAGUUGGGGACACUCCAAAAUUUAACUUGCACACAUACAUGUACAUGUCUCAAAUGUAUCAGCCUGAGGUGUGAAAAUCACAUCUGAUUUGCACAAAAUCAUUUUCCUUCCUAAAGCAUGUAAACUGACCUAUGUCAUUAUUUUGAUGAUAUUUGAUUAUGAUAUCCUCUAAGUACUAGAGGGGGAAGAUAUAAGACAACUUUUGGUUUAGUUGUUGUUCAUGAAAAAGAUAGAGAUGUUGCUUUUGCCACACAUAUAUUAGAUUACAUACCUAAGAAUGACUCAGGGGCCUAUUUUUGAUGCAUGAUCUCAGGCAGUAAAGGUCAACAGACGCAGGAACUGGUGAAGUAUUAUAGGGUGCAGCAUAAAAUCAUGUGACUGUGUGUCGUGUCCGUGUGUCUUCUUGCCUGGCAGGCUAAAAUUAUGAGUUUGAAAUUCAUGAUUCAUUUUGCACAUUAUUUUUAAAACUAAUGUCAUGUAUAAAGAGGAUGCCAUGAAAUCAAAAUGCAAUUGUGUAAAUAAAUGAUUUUGUUUUGUAAAA